AUGAGGUCUUUUCACAGCCUCACAUGUUUGGUUCUUACCUUCAUCACCUUCAACCCUUGUAAUGCAGAACAAGCACAAACUAUUCUAGAUGCCCUCAGCAUUGACCAUUUCCUACAGAAAAUAUAUGAAUGGGGAAAUGGUGCACAAGGAUUCCAAGAAGGCCAGAUUCACUUUUCAGGCCCUAUAGUGCUGGCAGGAGUACUGUGUUUCGUAGCAUCUUCUAUAUCCAGUGCUGGUGGUAUUGGUGGUGGUGGACUUUUCAUUCCCAUAUUGACUAUUGUGGCUGGCCUAGACCUUAAAAUAGCUUCAAGUUUGUCAGCUUUCAUGGUCACGGGAGGGUCUAUUGCAAAUGUCAUGUGCAAUCUUUGUGCCACAAGUCCUAAAUUUGGUGGCAAACCAUUGAUUGACUAUGACAUAGCACUUUUGUCAGAACCAUGUAUGCUGCUAGGAGUGAGUAUUGGGGUCAUAUGCAACCUUGUGUUCCCUGAAUGGUUGAUUACUGUGCUGUUUGCUGUUUUUCUCACUUGGUCUACCUCAAAGACUUGCAACAGUGGAGUGGUGUUUUGGAAGAAUGAAUCAGAAGAGAGGAGGAAAAAUGAUGGAUUUGAGGGGCUUGAAAACGGACUACUAGAACAUGGGAGUGGUGAAGAAAGGGAAGGGGGGGUGAAGGUGAACAAAGAAAAAGAAGGGAUCAAAAGUGUUGAAGAAAAGGUUGUGGUUCCUGAAGAAAAUAUCAGGGUGAGAAUCCCUUGGCUGAAAUUGGUGGUCUUACUCUUGGUCUGGUUCUCUUUCUUCUCCCUCUAUCUUCUUCGUGGCAACAAAUAUGGACAGAGUAUCAUUCCAAUGGAGCCAUGUGGUGUGGGAUACUGGAUUCUUUCAUCUGCUCAACUCCCUCUUGCCUUGAUUUUCACUGCUUGGAUUGUAUACAGAAAAGAUAGCCAUCAAGAUCAAAAUAUCACGGAAGAGGGUCAAUGCCUAUCCCCAAGAGGACCAUCAAACAAGCUUAUUUUUCCAACAAUGGCAAUGCUAGCAGGGAUAUUGGGUGGUGUAUUUGGAAUUGGAGGUGGAAUGCUAAUAAGUCCUCUUCUUCUACAUGUUGGAAUCGCUCCUGAGGUGACAGCAGCAACAUGUUCUUUCAUGGUUUUCUUCUCAUCUACUAUGUCAGCAUUGCAAUACCUAUUGUUGGGAAUGGAUCAAAUAGAGACUGCCCUAAUCUUGGCCAUAAUAUGUUUUGUGGCAUCACUUAUUGGGUUAUUAGUGGUGCAGAGAGCAAUUCAAAGCUAUGGAAGACCAUCCUUAAUAGUAUUUUCAGUUAGCAUAGUGAUGACUUUAAGUGUUGUCCUAAUGACCAGCUUUGGAAUCAUUCGAACUUGGAAAGACUAUAUAUCAGGGAGAUACAUGGGAUUCAAACUACCAUGUUGA